AUGAAUACCUUUGGCUUACAUCAAGAUGGACCCUUUGGUGGGUUCGGCGGCAGUGCCUACGAUGCGAGGAACAAUGAACAGAAGGUCAAGCAUGUUAACGCCUGGAAAGCUCACUAUCAAGGCUACGAUGUCCUUGGUGCAAUUGAGUUUCAAUUCCAGAACGGCGAUUGGAGUGGUCGAAUUGGCGGCAAAGAUCCUAACAUCGGCUACGAACCAGAGUCAUAUGAAUUUGCAGAUGAUGAAACAAUAAAUCACAUGUGGGUCUAUGCUGGGGAAGAUGACGGCUUCGUCAACGGAUUUCAAUUCACAACAAACCGAAGAUCCGACCCUUUCAAAGUUGGUGGAACUGAGGGUAAAUUAACCGAAUUGGAAGACGAUGAACUUGGUGCAAAUGGCGAAUGGGCUGGAGCUACAGGCAGAGACAACAUCCACGGUGCUGAUGCCGUUGUGGACAACAUGAUUCUUUAUUUCAGGGAGUGA